AUGGCUGAAACCUUCGAGUUCCAGGCUGAGAUCUCUCAGCUUCUCUCGCUGAUUAUCAACACUGUCUACUCCAACAAGGAAAUCUUCCUGCGAGAGAUCAUUUCCAACUCUUCGGAUGCCCUUGACAAGAUUCGCUAUGAGUCUCUGUCUGACCCCUCCAAGCUCGACUCGGGCAAGGACCUCCGCAUCGACAUCGUCCCCGACGCGGAGAACAAGACCCUCACCAUCCGUGAUACUGGUAUUGGUAUGACCAAGGCUGACCUCAUCAACAACCUGGGUACCAUUGCCCGCUCUGGCACCAAGCAGUUCAUGGAAGCUCUCUCCGCUGGUGCUGAUAUCUCUAUGAUUGGUCAGUUCGGUGUCGGUUUCUACUCUGCCUACCUUGUUGCCGACCGCGUCACCGUCAUCUCUAAGCACAACGAUGAUGAACAAUACAUCUGGGAGUCCGCCGCUGGUGGUACUUUCACCCUCACUCAGGACACUGAGGGCGAGGCUCUUGGCCGUGGUACCAAGAUGAUCUUUCACCUCAAGGAUGAGCAGACCGAGUAUCUCCAGGAGAGCCGUAUCAAAGAGGUUGUCCGCAAGCACUCUGAGUUCAUUUCCUACCCCAUCUACCUCCACGUCCUGAAGGAGACCGAGAAGGAGGUUCCUGAUGAGGAGGCUGAGAGCAAGGAGGAGGGUGAUGACGAGAAGAAGCCUAAGAUCGAGGAGGUCGAUGAGGAUGAGGAGAAGAAGGAGAAGAAGACCAAGACCGUUAAGGAAUCCAAGAUCGAAGAGGAGGAACUCAACAAGACCAAGCCUAUCUGGACUCGCAACCCUGCUGAUAUUACCGAGGAGGAGUAUGCUGCUUUCUACAAGUCCCUUUCCAACGACUGGGAAGACCACCUUGCUGUCAAGCACUUCUCCGUCGAGGGUCAGCUCGAGUUCCGUGCCAUCCUCUACGUUCCCAAGCGUGCUCCCUUCGACCUCUUCGAGACCAAGAAGACCAAGAACAACAUCAAGCUCUACGUCCGCCGUGUUUUCAUCACUGAUGAUGCCACUGACCUCAUCCCUGAAUGGCUUGGCUUCGUCAAGGGUGUUGUCGACUCUGAAGAUCUUCCUCUCAACCUGUCUCGUGAGACCCUGCAACAAAACAAGAUCAUGAAGGUUAUCAAGAAGAACAUCGUGAAGAAGACUCUCGAGCUCUUCACCGAAAUUGCUGAGGACCGCGAACAGUUCGACAAGUUCUACAGCGCUUUCGCUAAGAACAUCAAGCUUGGUAUUCACGAGGAUGCUCAGAACCGCAACACUCUUGCCAAGCUCCUCCGCUACCAGUCCACCAAGUCUGGCGAUGAGAUCACUUCUCUCACCGACUAUGUCACCCGUAUGAAGGAGCACCAGAAGCAGAUUUACUACAUCACCGGCGAGUCCAUCAAGGCCGUUGCCAAGUCUCCCUUCCUUGACAGCCUGAAGCAGAAGGACUUCGAGGUUCUGUUCCUUGUUGACCCCAUUGAUGAGUACGCUUUCACUCAGCUCAAGGAAUUCGAUGGCAAGAAGCUUGUCGACAUCACUAAGGACUUCGAGCUUGAGGAGACCGAGGAGGAGAAGGCCGAGCGUGAGAAGGAGGAGAAGGAGUUCGAGGACCUUGCCAAGGCCCUGAAGAACAUCCUCGGCGACAAGGUCGAGAAGGUUGUUGUCUCUCACAAGCUCAUUGGGUCUCCUUGUGCUAUCCGUACCGGCCAGUUCGGUUGGUCCGCUAACAUGGAGCGUAUCAUGAAGGCCCAGGCCCUCCGUGACACCUCCAUGAGCUCUUACAUGUCCUCCAAGAAGACCUUCGAAAUCUCCCCCAAGUCAUCCAUCGUCAAGGAGCUUAAGAAGAAGGUCGAGGCCGACGGCGAGAGCGACCGCACCGUCAAGUCUAUCACCCAGCUCCUCUACGAGACCUCUCUACUGGUUUCUGGCUUCACCAUUGAUGAGCCUGCCAGCUUCGCUGAGCGUAUCCACAAGCUCGUUUCUCUCGGCCUGAACAUCGACGAGGAGGCUGAGGCUGAGCCCGCUACCACUGAGGAGGCUCCCGCCGCUGCCACAACUGGCGAGAGCGCCAUGGAGGAGGUUGACUAG